AUGUCAGCAGAAGCGCGACCCAUCUCACCUGCCAGUUUCGCUCGCGCGCUGGAAGAAUUACCUGCAGAGAAUAUCUACUCUAAAGCACAUGAAAUUGGUAAUUCUAUUGCUCACCUUGAACAGUCGAAUAAGAUUCUACAAGAAUAUUCCGACAGUAUCAGAGAUGAUGAGAGCGUGAGUCUUGAAACAAGAUCGGCAGGGGACAAAGACUGUCUUGAGGCCAUCAAAGAGAACGAAGUUGUGAUUGAAAGGCAACAUGAACGAAUCAAGCUUUUGAAGGCGGAAGUGGAAAGAAGAGGCCAGAGGUGGCAUGAAGCAGAUCCUGAAGAGAAACAGCCUGUCUUUAAUGGUGAUUCUGUGGAGGCAACAACGAUUUCAAACGACAAUCACAAUGGUUUACAAACAGCAAAUGCACAAUCCCAACCACGACUAGCAGACGAGGAGCUGCGACGACAGCUCGAAGAACGACUCGGUGAAGACAUGGCGGACGAUACAGAGGACGGGCUGCACCUGUGA